AGGAGACACACUGGGGUCUAUCUGCAGGAGAGCCACGCUAUUGGCCGCCGAGGGCCUCGUAAGGGAGGAGCAAGCGGGGAUUCAGGCACGAAUGUUUGGUUUUCAGCUGUCAGUCAUAUAAGAGUAUAUUCCCGUCGCUCACCUGUGCAAGAAAUGGACGACCAGGGAUGUCCGAGAUGCAAAACCACCAAAUACAGGAAUCCUUCGCUGAAGCUGAUGGUGAACGUGUGCGGACACACGCUAUGCGAGAACUGUGUGGAGAUGCUGUUUGUGCGCGGCUCGGGUAACUGCGUGCAGUGUGACACGCCGCUGAGGAAGAGCAACUUCCGCGUGCAGCUCUUCGAAGACCCGACCGUGGAUAAGGAGGUGGAGAUUCGCAAGAAGGUGCUGAAGAUAUACAACAAGAGAGAGUUUGACUUCCCGAGCCUGAGAGAGUACAACGACUACCUCGAGCUGGUGGAGGACGUAGUGUCCAACCUGACAAACAACAUCGAUGUGGAGAACACAAAGCUGCAGAUGGAGCAGUACCAGAGGGAUAACAGAGAUCUCAUCCAGAAGAAUAAGGUUAAACUGACAAGAGAGCAGGAGGAAGUGGAGGAGCUGCUGCUGCUGGAGCAGCAGGGCAACGAGCAGCGGAGGCUGGAGCUGCUGCAGGAGGAGCAGAGGCAGCUGCAGGCUAAGAGGAAGAACAAGCAGGCUCUGCUGGAUGAACUGGAGCAUUCUCAACUUCCUGCCACCAUGCUGCUCGCCCAACACAAGGUCCGUGCUGCCAAGCUGGAGACCCAGAUAGAGCAGCAGAAACAGGCCGUCAAACCUGCCAGCCUCUUCUCAACUGGAAUCAAUAUGCGCCAGACGGUGUCUCUUCAGCCUCCUCCCCGGAUAGAAGAAGUCUUGUAUCAGUACAAGCCUGUUCACGUUGAGACAUACGGACCCCCAGUACCGGAACUGGAGCUGCUGAGCAGACUCGGGUAUCUGAACCACGUGCGGGCUGCCAUGCCUCAGGACACAGCUGGAGGAUACACCUCAGCUUUGGCGUGUCAUCGAGCUGUUCAGGAUGCUUUCAGUGGGCUGUUCCCUCUGAAGCGCUGAGCACAUGCACAACAGCUACUGGUUGGAAAUGGGACUCAAUGGACAAUAAGCCACCGCGACAGGGGGGGG